AGGCGUGCCGGCCGGGCUGCCGGCGGCAGGGCCGGCGCCAGAGCGCUUCCCUGGCCCCUGCGGCCCGUGGGCAGGCCGCGAUGCCGCAGGUCUCCCGUGCUUUCCUGCUGCCCCGCCUCCCCUUGGAUACCUGCUCCGGGGGUUCGAGCGGCUCCCGGGCGCCCGUGCGUCCGGCCGGGCUGCGGCAGGACCCCGCGGAGCCCUGCUGCGGCCGCCCCCUGCCCGCCCGCACAAGCAGCCCCGGCAGCGUGAUGUGCUUGGCUGCGGACACCGGCGAGGACUCGGAUCUGGAAGCGAGUCACCUCUUUCUACAGACAAGUUCUUAAAUGAGCCGAACUUGGCCUGGAGGUCUGGCGGUGUUGAAACUCGCCGCAGGGUCGAGAGAUGAGAUUGGAUUAAUACCUUGCCCUGAAGCCAGGUAUAACCGGAGCCCUAUCGUCCUGGUAGAAAACAAGCUUGGUGUGGAGAGCUGGUGUGUCAAGUUUCUUUUGCCAUAUGUUCACAGUAAACUUCUCCUCUACAGACAAAGAAAGCAAUGGCUGAACAAAGAUGAGCUGAUAGAUAUCACAUGUACCCUGCUGCUGCUGAACCCUGACUUCACCACUGCUUGGAAUGUGAGGAAAGAAUUAAUACUGUCUGGCAGUUUAAAUCCGCUUAAAGAUUUGCAUCUUGGAAAACUGGCAUUAACAAAGUUUCCAAAGAGUCCAGAAACAUGGAUUCAUAGACGAUGGGUGCUCCAACAACUAAUUCAGGAAAAGUCGUUACCCGGUCUUGUGACUAAAGGAAACUUGGGAGCAGCACCUGUGGAGAGAAUUCACCGACUAGUGCAGGAGGAAAUUGAUGUCUGCUCUGAAGCUGCUGGGAGGUAUCCGAGUAACUACAAUGCCUGGUCCCAUCGCAUCUGGGUUUUACAGCAUUUGGGAAACCUGACUGUCAAGGUUCUCCUCGAUGAACUUUCAUCCACUAAAUAUUGGGUAUCCAUGCAUGUCUCAGACCAUAGUGGAUUUCAUUACCGCCAGUUCUUACUCAAGUCCUUGAUAGGCAGAACUGUGACUGACAAUAAUGUAUUGGUACAAAAUCAAAUGAUAAAUGAGCAAAACCCUAGCCAUCAAAAGGAGGAGGAGAGUGCAGGGGCAGAAGCUGCCUGUGCAGAGGAGCAGAGUGUGGAUCUCCCCCGCCAUUUAGAGGAAGAGUUGGAGCUCUGCACUGAACUGAUUGAUACUUACCCAGGGCAUGAAACCUUGUGGUGUCAUAGAAGGCGUGUGUUCUACCUUCAGCACCACCUAAGCAACAAACUUCCUCUUCUGAGUGCGGUGAUACCAUCUGUGGACAGCAGUGAUGAAACUCUGAAUUCUCACCACAGUCCUGCGACAGGGCACAUGACACAAGCUAUGGAUGUUGAUGGUUUGAACGAAUCCAGCAGCAAACAAGGUUAUACUCAAGAAACAAAACGCCUGAAGCGUGCUCCUAUGCAGGACUCCCUUGGUCCAGAAGUGGAAUACCGGUUCAUUGAUAAAGUAAUAUCAACUUGUAGGGAUCCAGACCAAGCUAGGUUUGCUACUGCUUACAGGAAAUGGUUAGUUACUUUUUUAAGUCAGUGAAGGAAGAGUUUAAAGCCUUCAGGAUUCUUCUUUUAGUGCAAUAUUCUCUUUAUUUAUCUCUAAUUAGUGCAAGUGUUAGCUAACCAUGUGUUUCUCACUCUUCUAAUGGUCAGUUCUGAAGUUCAUAUUCAGAGUAGAAGUCUGUCACUUUAUUUAUUAAAGAACUGGUGUACCUCUUUAUUAAGCAAAUGCAGUUUGUUCUGUAAUCUUUUUAAGAAAUCACCUUGUGUCAGCUUCCUAGUAUGCCGUUUUCUUAUUUUUUAACUUCUCCAUUAAGGUGGACUUUAAGUUGUUCGGCUUUCAAAAAAAAAAAAAGUCUGAAAUGCUUUCAAAACAGUGUCUGGAAAAAGAAUAGGAGGAUCUGUCGAUAUCAGCUAAACCAGUGUAGAGGUUGUGCUUCUUUACUGUAAGUGGCAUCUUGCUAAUACCUUAUUGGAUUCAGGGUAUAUAUUCAGUGAGAGCUAUUACUUUUGUAUUAGCAACCUUUGGUAGAACACCAGACUGCAGUGUUUCUUUCUGAAGGCUCCAGUAAUGGUAUUGGAGCCAUGCCUUUUACUGUUGUAACUGGGUUUUUGUUGGCAUAUUAGUUGUCACAUGAGUUUGAUAGGAAAGUAUGAAGUUGAAAUCCCGAGAAGCAGAUGCAGGAAAAUGUGACAGAAAAUAGUUCAAAGACACACAUUCACACUCACACUUACAGUCAGAGCUAUAGUUGGAAAUGCUUUUCUUAGGACAGACUCCUUUACCUUAAUUUCCUACUUGGUAUUUAUUUAUUUAUUUUAUCUCAACAAUCCAGAAUUAAUGACACUUGAUACACAUUUCUGAAUGUAUUGUGUACACUAAAGAAUCUCAGCCUGCUAAAUCACACAAUGGUAACUUGUACUCAACCAAGACCAUGCAAGUCCAAUAGAUGAUGGGAGUAAAAAGUAAUUCUUCCACUUGGUCAUUAGGGCUUACACAUUUAAAAAAAAAAUAGCAGGAGGGAAUUAUCUCUUCACUUUUGCAGAGCUUCAGUCUUCAUUUGUUGUUUUUUUUCUUUUGACUCUUCCUUAAGAGCACUUCUCCCACCAUACAUCUCUGUUUACAUAACUGUAAUUUUAAGGGAAUUUGAAACAUGUUUCUAUUCCGGUGAAAUUAAACAUUAAUGAUUUAUUAUGUCAUUUCCAUAGAACUUGUCUAUAUAAGGGAUUUUUUACACUAAUGGAAUUGCACUGGUACAAAGGCGCAGGGGAUAAACAUUGUACAACUGCAAAAGUUUGUACAAUAGCAACAUUGCCUCUGUUCCAAAUAGACUAUUCACAGAGGGGAUUAGAUUUUCAAGCUAGAGUCUUCGCCAAAAUUGCUGUAUAUUUCUUCUGCCCAAAGUGCCUCCUGACUGUGAUAAGUUUGAAGCUGCUGUUUCUGUUGGGCAGAGAGCAACAAUGAGGGAGAAAUAAACAGGUAACUGGCUUAUUAGGUGUCAUUUGGAAAGAAAAAAGGCACUCAAAACAUGGAAUUCCAGAAGUUCUAAAUAAUUUUAUAGAUGGGGAUUACUCUUGCGUUUUAAAAUGAAAACAGAGCACACCCUUAGUCUUAGAGAGUAUGUUUGUAACUCAUUUCAGGCACAGAGUAGCUAAGAGAGACAUUUCUGUAUAUACUCUUCUGUUUACAGUACUUAGAGAAGACUAACCUGGGCUUGAGCAUCCCCAUGGCAAAGCCAUGUCUAAAUGGGCCUCCACACCUGCCUCUGUAUAGAUGGGAUGUAUUACAUGGCCCUUUGUUUUGAGGUGUUCUGGGAUGCUGUCUUGCUUGAUGGUUUUAUUUGCAGAAGAACAUCACUGAUGUGUGAAGGAGGUGUGGGAGUGGCUUGAGAGGAUAAUUUUGUCAUUUUGACAUAGUGUUGUCUCUGUGAUCACUGUCAAGUGGGUAGGUUCAGGCACAAACCAGAUUCUGGACUUUCACACUUGAGCAAGAACUAUAACCCAUGAUGUCUUUUGAGUAAGCAAGAUACAUCAAAGCAUGUGCUGGGUCAGCUUCAUUAACAAUGAGUAACUAAUAAUCAGUAUAAUGAAUAACUAAUGACUAGUAUGAACCUGGAAAGUGUGAAUUUGGCUGGCAGUGUAUGAAGGGUUACAUUCUUGGUCCUAGAUUACUUAAACAGUUAGUGACAUAGUUGUGUGUCUUGUUUACCUUGGCAAAAAUUAUCUGUUCAUAAGAAAAAUAUUAGUGGCAGGAGCAGAUUGAAAUACUUCUUAAGCUGUGGAAGGGAAGAGAUGCUUUCCUCUUGCACUGGAGUGACUGAGGUUUUCAAAGGAAGAGGUUUAUAUUAGAAUGUGGCUUGAAACCCAUUAUAUAUUUCUCCCAGACUACAAUCUGGAGUCCUAGUUGGGUUUCUUGGAUUGUGUCAGUACUGUGCUAUUGACUCUGGCAGUCUUUGCAUCAUAAACACAGAGGAUCAAGCAGCUGCUCUCAUGUGUAUGUGUGUAUUUCCUAUUCAUAUCAGCAUGAAUUCUGAACACUUGUAGGAAGACAAGAUUUGGUCCUAUGUAACUGAAUGGCGUUGCAUUUUAUUUACAUACUUGGAAGAUGUUCUAAGAGCUCUGAUUAGAAAUGGUGCUGAUAUUUCUAUUACUUUUACAAAACACUGGUGGUUGUAGUAUGACUCUUUAACUGUGGGAUUUUUAAGCCUAGUCCUGAUGGAAAUGCUCUCCCACCUUUUUUUCCCAAAUCCAGUGAGAAUAAUUACAAAUAGAAAUAUUUGCAAACCAGACUCUGCCACACAGAAAAAUAAACAACAAAAGUAAAAUUGAAACAAGUAAUACCUUCCCCAUUGAAAGAAGUGCAAACAAGAAGAUGUCAAAAUUGAGCUUUAAUUUUUUUAUUAUAAUAAUAUGAAUUGUAUGAAAGAAGAACAUAUGUAACUGAAUUACUUCAAGCUGUCAAUGUCCUGAAGAGAUGCUUGCAAUAAGGUGCAUUAAGCUCACAAAUGUGUGAUGUUCUAGAAACUAUGAUCUUUGGAACACACCUGCUUAACCAUUCAGUAUUACUGCAGAGUCCCAUUUGGGCACCAGUUGGAAAAAAAAAAAAGUGGCUUCAGGCCAUUGGUAGUUAGCAUACAUAGAGGCUACUGAGUACAGCUACUUUAAUGUAGUUUAGUUGUUGUUUCAGAAGUCAGAGGAUUGUAGUGUAGUCAGUGAAUAUUCUUGUGGAGGCAAUGUCCAAUAGAAGUUGCACUAUACAAGGCUCUCACUCUCUGAAGUUCCUUCAAAUAUAAAAUCAAACAUUGUACAUCUGUAAACAUCUUCAUAUGAAGUUGAGCAUCUGUACUGAUUUUAUCUUAUGCUGUAGUAUGUGUCAUUUGAAUCGAUGCAAAUUCUUUUUGUUCACUGGAUUAGGCUUUGUAGAAAUUUCUUUGUGCUAGAAACCAAGGGUUUUGAGGAACAAAUGUGAUCUGAAACUGCGGAUAUUAGAAUAGAAGGAAUCACACUUUUAAAGGGUUGGAUUAUCUGCUGCUAAAUACAUUAAUUGUUAUUUCAUUGGCAUUUGGUUUAUCUUGUGUGUUACAGUCACUGGAGCAACACAUGCAGCAUUAAAGAUAGCUACAAUAACAAACUUGUAUAAAGUUAUUAUUGGAACAUAUUGCUGUAGCUGCUGUGUUUAGUAUUUGCUAAUCUACUCAUGUCUGCAUGGUAAUGUGGUGGGGGUUUUUUGACUUCUUACAUAUUCUUUAUACAAUCAAAUCUUUGUGUCAUUUAAAUGGAGGGGGGAAGUAAAUUGUCCAUUUAUACUGUUUGAUUAAUUAUAUUGAAUAGAACUUCUUUUAAGAUAAAAGUGCAAAGUGGUAAGACACCUUAGAUUCUGUCUUUUGUUAAAAAUUCUGGCAUUUCCAGUUUUCUUUUAGUGCUGCUUAAUUAGAAUAUGCAGCUAGUCUUUGUGGACAGGGGUGAGUCUCUUCCUGAAUAGAAAAUCUGUGAAUUUUUCAAUACAGUACUGAAUAAUAUUGAUGAACAGAAGCCAAGGGUUUUGAAAAGGCUUGUCUGCCUAGCCAGACUCAACAAGCAUACUUUUUCAGAAUAACAUAUAGUGCAACAGACAAAAUGUGACUACUAGAUAAUAGUUUUAAGUGGUGAGUCUCCUGACACCUGAUGAUUGCAUUUUUGGACAAUGUUGUUUGCUUAGUUUGUUUUGCCUUCUGUGAGGGAAGAACAUUCCUUAGGGUUUUUUUCAAUUUAGUAGGAAGUGAACUGUUGCACAUAAGAGCAUGGGGAAUAAAACCCCACCACUCCUGGACUUUAUCUUCUAGAGCAAUUUUGGAAAAAGAAGCAGUGAAGUGAAAUGUAGAUGUGACUUAAAAAUGCAUGUUUUGUGCUGUAUUCGUUUGGUGAUAAGAUGUCUUUACAAUUAGAUCUUACUGUUUUAUUAGUGUCAGAUAUAAAGGAAAGCAGGUAACUCAUCUAUUCUUAAAUGCACUUAACAUUCAAGUUAGUUUCAAAAGAAGUUCAGUGUCCCUGUCUAAGAUAAUUUUCCUUAUUUUUUUCCUGUGUAUGCAGAGGUGUCCUUCCUUUCCAACCUUUUCUCUGUUCUUCCAACCAGCAAAGAAGAAUGUAGCAAAACAUUGGUGAGGUGGCCUCGUUGCAUGCUUGUAUAACUCUGACUACCUCCCUAAAAGUGCUCUGAUAGAUGUCCUUAAGUGGAGUUCAUCAGGCUCAGGUUUUUUGGAACCUCAUGCUAGACCUACAUCCUCUUACAGAGGUGAAAAGCAAGAGCUUUAUCUAUGAAGCCAUCUAGUUUCCCCAGGAGAUUUUGAAGGAGAAAAGAAAAAAAAUAAUCUUGUAGUUAAAGGUGGGAAAACUAGUGUUACCAUAAACUUUCAUUAGACUUUUGUCUCUGAAGAAGCAAUAUCUUGCUAUAAAAUGGAGGAAAUUUGUGCUUCCAAGAAAUUCCUUCGAAACAGUUUACGCUUUUGAGUUACAGACCUGACACUUUCUAGGGGCUUUUACUUAGUGUGUAAUAUAACUUCUCAGGGCAUAGUCUAUUAUAGUGAAUUAGGGUACAUUUUUACAGUUUAUAAUUAUUGAUUUAAAGAACCAAACAUAAAUGCUGAACAUAUAAUAACUGGCUUUAAAAUUUUUUUUUCUAGCAUAGUCUUUUAUAUCUUCCCCUAAGAUAAUACUGUAACUACUGAUUUACACUAGAUCUUGCCAUUUCAUCUGCAUCAUAGGGUUAUUCUAUAUCUUAAAUUGAUGUUUUGCAGGAAGCUUCUGACAGUUGCUGAGUUUCUUCUCUGUGUUCCUUAGUACUAUUCACUAGGAUAUACAGUAUCUCACAAAGACAAAUGUUGUAACAAUGGGGAAGCUUUUUACACUAUCUGUUGAUGCACUAAGUAUCUUAGAUUUAUUUUUUAAAAAAUAAAUUAAAAAAAAUCACCAAACUAAACCAAACAACUUUGGCUAUGAGUCUGAAUACAAGAAUUGCAGAAGCUUUUAGUUGUUGAUAGCUGGCAGAUGCUUAUGUACAAUACAGCUAUUCUGAAGAGCAGAAUUCUUAACUGAAUUCUGGUUUAUUAAGUAUCAUUAUCUGAACCAUAUGGAACGUGCUGCUAAACCUACUGUAUAGCUGGAGAAGGAGAAUGCACAGCAAGGGGCAUGUUUUCUUCAUGGGACACUUACUGAACAGAAUAUAAUUAUGGUGAAACAAAGAGCUUUUGUUGGAUGAAAUAUUCUGUAUGUUCAUUGUACAUUAAGUUAUUAAAUUGGUACGUCAUUAAUACAGUAAGAUUUCUGGAAUGGCUGUGUAGAAUGAGUAGAUAAAUGUUGGGUUGUUGGGUUUUUUGUAACAGAGUAUUCCCUGUUAUUAAAAAUUCACAUAAAUGAUAGAAGAUACCAUAACUGUUUUUCAUAAGACAAAAUAUAUUUAUACUUACUGUGUUCAUUCCCUUUUGUUCCAGGUGUUCCUUUCUUAAGUGGCUACAUUUAAAGCUUGGUAGUCAUGUUAAAAAGUGUGCCAUGAAAUGUAGUCUUUAAUUUCAUGUAAUACAAAAUGUAGAUCUCUUAAAUGGUUUUAAGUAUCAUUAAGAUCCAAGGUAGUGACAGUAUUUAAGUGAGCAAUUAAACACUAAUAUUGUGACACUGUCUUGUCCAUCAAAGUACUAUUCUUUUUAGGGAAAAUUGUGUAUUUUGUCAAGAUAUGUGAAAAAAUAUUUGUCACAGCUCUCCCUGUCACUGGGAGAAAUGCAGUUGGGUUUAAAUAUAAUAUUUUGCAAUA